AUGCCAAAUCGAGCUAGGUAUAGAAUUUACUGCUUGGAGUUUCAUCAUUUUUUCCUUGUCUACGGUAUUUGGUCUUAUAAAGACAUGCAUGUCUUUGUUAUUUUUUUUGCCAAUACGCUGAUCAAUGUUCUAUGCGUAGAGGUGAUGAGGAUUAAAUGGUAUUUGUUUGUGGUGAAAAAAGUUGAUCAGGAUUCUCUCCCAUUACGCCUCCAGGUGCUGUUUUUAAUCGUAUCAUUGAUCGAUUAUACGAUACCUAUCCAUGUGCUUGUGGUAUAUGCCGCUGUUUAUUGCCAAAACGUUCUCAACACGAGUUGA